AGUAAUAAAACAUCUUCUGCGUGCGGUGCAGACGACCGCGACACUGUUACAGUAUACGACUAUGACAGACGCGCCCGCUUAUAUUGUGUACAUUUGUCAUUUAAGUGUACACAAGUCAUAACGUCCGAUGAUCCCGAAAAGUCGUUGGUGAUCUCGUAGGUUUUUUUUCCGAAGUGAGUAAAUUCGUUAAAAUUGUAUUUCAUCUUCAUCGUCGUAUAAUUAUAAUUUAUUUUGUUACCGUUCUAACAGACAAGCUGUGGUAUAAUAAUUCAUAGGUACCGUGCGUGGUGCGUCCUGCUAACCCAACGCCGCCGCCGCGUAUAUUCCGCACGUGCGUUUUCGGGACCGUAAAUCGCGGUUUUCACCGGGCAAAAUUGUAUAAUAUAUUGCCCACCAUUUUCGAGGUACGUUAUUAAUAUAUCGUUUUCCGAUUAAUUUUCAUCAAUUAUAUCGUGUGUGUCGUGUGUACGGCGUCGUCCGUUGCGGUCCCCGACCCGAUCUGGUGCGUAUAUGAUAUAGAAUAAAAUAAUUAUAUGUCGCGGUCCGCGUCACCAGCGCACGACGGAUGAGCUUAGUAGCGGCGGACAGACAAUUUUUCCGUUCCCGCGGCUGCUGCAGGAGGAUUAAAGCUUCAACAAUAUAACGUAUUAAAAUAAUAUAUUAUAUUAUAAAUGAGAUUUCAACUGAGUGUUCACUUCCCGCAUUUGAAUCCGGUAAUGGUCGUUGGCCUUUGAUAAGCGACAAUCUAUAAUUAAAAAACUCAAAAAUGAUGGAACGCCUGGAAAACCUGACCGACCCAAGUCUGUGUCUUCAAGACUUGGUGUCGUCAACGGGUUCCGAUCACCAUAACGUCGCAUUACAGCACGCAUCACCCGCAUCCUUUCACCAUCCCGUGCACGACGGCAGUGCCGGACUGCACCAGGGCAUGCUGGGACACCACCACGUGCACCAUCACGACAGUCAUCACCAUCAUCAUCACACGGCAGUGCCGUGUCCGCCGUCACUGUUGCACCACGAACCGUUGGAAAAACUUAAGAGAGUGUGGGCAGAGACGGGAGACUUCCGUGAUAACAAUCAUCAUGGCCUUUCUACGGAUCAUACGUCACAGCUUAACUUUGGUUCAUCGAGGAGUAGAAAUCGUGACAGAAAAGGGCGGGUGGACACGAUCGGUGCUACCGGUAUAAAAACUGAGGGUAUAGACACGGGAGUUGGCGUGGUCACUGACGACGGCAAAGACGCUAACAUUAAAAAUAACAAAAACACGAAAAGGCAGAGGAGACAGAGGACGCAUUUCACUUCGCAACAGCUCCAGGAACUGGAGGCCACGUUCACCAGAAACCGAUAUCCGGACAUGAGCACCAGGGAAGAGAUAGCCAUGUGGACGAACCUCACAGAGGCCAGAGUCAGGGUAUGGUUCAAAAACCGGAGGGCCAAAUGGCGGAAACGCGAGAGGAACGCGAUGAACGCUGCAGCGGCUGCGGCCGUUGACUUUAAGAACGGGUUCGGAACGCAAUUCAACGGUCUCAUGCAACCAUUCACUGACACCGACUCGCUGUACAGUACAGCUUAUACGUCGUACAACAAUUGGGCGACUAAGGUGCCGAGCCCGUUGGGAUCGAAGACGUUUCCGUGGUCGGUGAACCCACUGGGCACCGUGAACCAUCACCACCACCAAGCGCCCGUCAACUGUUUCAAUGCGGCCACUUCAGCGGCCGGGUCCAUGUUGCCGACGCCAGCGCCGCAGAACGGACCACCGUACUGUCCACCCACCACGCCGUACUCCGUGUACCACCACCGGCCGGCCGAGCCCUGCAACGUCAUGUCCAGCAGCAUCGCCAGCCUCCGACUCAAGGCCAAACAGCACGCCUCCGGGUUCGGCGGUUACCAACCCGCGGGUUCGCCGGGUUCGCUGCAGGCGCAGGCCAAUGGUGGAAACCGAUCAUCGUCGUCAUCGUCGUGUCAGCAACAGUACGGCGGUGGACAGGGCGCGGGCGGCGGUGGCGGUGGCGGCGGCGGAAAUUCCGGCAGCGAAGGCACCAGGACGCCCGUCUGACGUGAAGAGCGGACCGGAGGGAGC